CUCCAACCCCCUUCCCAUUCCCCCCCUUCCCCUCCCUCCACGCCCGCGUCCCACCUCGUACUCGCAACUGUCUUUGCCACGUUCUCCUCGUUCUUCCUCCUAGACCACAACGACCCGUCAGAGUAGUGCACACGCUCUCGACCCUUCCCUCUUCUCCUUAAUCCAUCGUUCGAUCUCUGUAAGAUGGGUCUCUCCGUCAGUCGACUGCUUCAAGGCCUUUUCGGCAAGAAGGAAAUGCGUAUUCUGAUGGUUGGUCUCGAUGCCGCCGGUAAAACCACCAUUUUGUACAAGUUGAAGUUGGGAGAAAUCGUCACAACCAUCCCCACAAUUGGAUUCAAUGUCGAGACUGUCGAGUACAAGAACAUUUCCUUCACGGUCUGGGAUGUCGGUGGUCAGGACAAGAUCAGACCGCUAUGGCGUCACUAUUUCCAAAACACUCAGGGUAUCAUCUUUGUCGUCGAUUCCAACGAUCGGGAACGUAUCACCGAGGCUCGCGAGGAACUGCAACGCAUGUUGAGUGAGGAUGAGUUGCGAGACGCCCUCCUCUUGGUCUUUGCCAACAAACAGGAUCUUCCCAACGCCAUGAAUGCCGCCGAGAUCACAGACAAGCUCGGACUCCACUCCUUGAGGCAAAGAGCUUGGUACAUCCAGGCUGCAUGUGCUACCUCUGGAGAUGGUUUGUACGAGGGCCUUGAAUGGCUCGCCACCAACCUGAAGAAACGGGGUCAGUAGAGGUACUAGGGGUGGCAUGCACGAGUCUACGCAUCAGUUCGUCACUGAAGCACAUCUCCUAUUCCAACCUCGAUUUGUAAAUUCUCUCUCACUUCGAAACUCUCAUUUUGAUUCAUGGCUUCGACGACCCUUUUUUGACCAGCACCAAAAAUGCAUAGCUGCUGCAUCGAAUCAGUCCCCCUUCUCGUUCUGACAGGGCUUCCGGAU